AUGUCUCCCUCUCUCUCUCUCUCUCUCUGCCUCUGUCUUCUCUCUCUUCACGCUUUCAGUGGGUCAGUCCCAUUUAGGGUUUAUACAUCUGCAGCCUGGAAAUAUUCUCAAUCUUUCCCUGCUGUUCAGCUUUCACGAUUUCAAUUCGACUCCUGGGGUUUUCGUAAGUGAGGAGACAUGGCUAAGAAACGGAACCCUCUUGUCUUCUUAGAUAUAUCUAUUGAUGAAGAUCCCGUGGAAAGAAUUGUUAUCGAGCUUUUCGCUGAUGUUGUUCCCAAGACAGCUGAGAAUUUUAGAGCCCUCUGUACAGGUGAGAAAGGUGUUGGGAGCACUACUGGCAAACCUCUGCAUUAUAAAGGGACUCAUUUCCAUCGUAUUAUAAAAGGAUUUAUGGCUCAGGGUGGGGACUUCUCAAAAGGAAAUGGCACUGGUGGAGAAAGUAUAUAUGGAGGGAAAUUUUCCGAUGAGAAUUUCAAAAUGGCGCAUGAUGGACCUGGACUACUCUCUCUGGCAAAUAGUGGGCCAAACACCAAUGGAUCUCAGUUCUUUAUUACCUUCAAGCGCACACCACACCUUGAUGGGAAACAUGUGGUGUUUGGAAAGGUUGUGAAGGGAAUGGAAGUUGUGAAGAAAAUGGAGCAGGUGGGAACAGGUGAUGGGAAACCUAUGCGACCUGUAAAAAUUGUUGACUGUGGUGAGACUUCUGAAACUAAAAUUCAGGCUCCUGCUCGUGAAGAAAAAGGGAAGAAGAAACGCUCUGCAAAGUCUUCAUCUUCUGGGGAUAGUUCUGAAUCUGAUGGAAGAAGACGGCUGAGAAAACCCCAAAGAGACAGAGUGAGGAAGAGGAGGAGAUACUCUACAUCAGAGUCAGACAGCUCUGAUACCGAUUCAGAUGCUGACUCUUAUUCAGAAUCUGAUUCAGAAUCAGACUCGGAUUCUUCACUCUCUGAUUCAAGCUCCUCAGAUGGUGGAAGGCGUCGGAGAAAGUCAGGCAAAAGAAACAAAUCGAGGCAACACAGAAGGAAGGAUGGGCGAAGACAGAGAAAGGGGAGCCAACGGGACAGACGAACGAGGCGCAAGUCUAGAAGGAGUUCAGAUAGUUCUAGCGAUUCAGACAGUGAGAUUAGCCGUAGCAGCAGAAGUAGCUCUGAUGUCGGUAGAAAGGUUCGUGGUAGGAACAACUCUAAGGAUGCUGGGAGAAAAGGAUCGCAGGACUCCGAUGUGGUGAAGAAAGCCUCACUUGUUCUCAAACCGAAGGACUUCAGUGGGGAACUGCCAAUGCAUGAUAAACGUGUAGGCAACUCAUCCCAUGAAGAAGGUGAAUUUUCACCCAAGAAGGGUGAGCUUAUAGACAAUGGACAUGGAACGAAAGCUAAAGUUGAUGACAAGCGGUUCAAUGACUCAAAAGAAUCGAGAAGCCCUAGUUCAAGUCCCAGGGGAAGAGCCAAGGACAGCCCCAGGAGAAGUCCGAGCAUGAGUCUGAGUCCAGGAAGAGAUUCUAGUCCUAGGAAGCCUAGAGGGGCCUCGAGAAGUCCCCCUCGCAAGGCAUCAGUACCUUCUGCCACUAAUCGCACUAACGAUCCUCCUGCUGAUGGUGGCCCGAAACGCAUAAGAAAGGGCCGUGGCUUUACUGAACAGUACUCCUUCGCUCGACGUUACCGUACGCCAUCUCCGGAAGAUUCGCCCCGUAGACCUUACCGAUAUGGUGGAAGAUACAUCCCUGACAGGAACCGUGAAAGAUACUCGAAUUAUCGAAGAUACCCUGAGCGAUCACCUCGAAGGCGCUACAGAAGUCCGCCAAGAGAUAGGACACCUCCAAGAUAUGGAAGGAAAAGGAGCAGAAGCAGGAGUGUCUCUCGAAGUCCGGUUGGUCGAAGAGGCCGUUUCAGAGACCGAAGCAGGAGCCCGAGCAGGAGCCCAAGGCGUGACCGGAGCCCACUUGACAACCGUCCUCCCAUAAGUGAGAACCUGAAAUCCCGUCUUGGCCCCAAAGCUGAUGAGAAGUCGCCAAACAAAGGUCGGCGCAGGUCGAGAUCGAGUUUGAGGUCCGCUUCUCCUGCGUCUCCUAGCGGAUCCAGGUCAAGCUCCCCCCCUGCUGGAAGAGGUCUAGUCUCCUAUGGAGAUCUUAGUCCUGAGAAGUAGAUCCCAGGUCCUCUCAAGGUGAUAUAUGUUAUAUUAUGUGUACCUGCUUUCAGGAUUCUAGUGCAUCGAGAUGGUUUUAGUUGAAUAUUGCUCCAGCUUAGUUAAGUUUGAAUUUUGUCGCGACUUCUAUGUAUCAGGAUCUUCUAAAAAUGCUGUUUCCAAUGCUUGUGAUGGAUAAUACAAUGAUUGAGAUAACUCCUAGAUGUUAGGUUCCAUAGUUUCUUAA